AUGGGAUCUGUUGGGAAGUGCCAAGGUGCUUCGGCGGCUGCUGCGGGCCUGAAAGCAGGGUGGGUGGAGGUUGUGAUAAGGGAGGGCCCUGGGGAUGCUGGGGAUGGGGUGGGUACUGCUGCUGGUGGGACUGGUCCGGCUGCAAGUGUUGUCGCUUUUGUUCGAGUCGUGGCCAUGGAUUUCGACCUAGUUUGUACCCUUGUAAGCACGUCCAGUCUCGUUGACGAGCUUACCACGAUCAAAUGGAAACGUCAGCAGGAAGCGGUUGUUGAGAUGUCCGAGACGGGUCUUGUGGUCGUAGCUGAGGAGCUUAAUUGCCUGCACGCACGUGCCUUCUUCAGGAAAGAGCUCUUUAUGGACUACGUUUAUCGACCAGAUGUCCGUUAUCGUUUCGGCAUCAAUUUGUCUCUUUUAAUCGACUGCUUGUCAGCAUUCUCUGCGUCAGCUACAACAGGACAUGUUCUAACGCUGCGGUAUCCUGGGCCUGAUAACCAGCUCUUGCUCAAGCUUUCGGAUCCUUCCAAUAGCAACAGCAGCAUUGGAGCGGAGAUUCGUACUCUGCUUCCUGAUAUGAACCCGCCUGAAUGGGCGCUGGAUGUUGAUACAUCGACUCCACAAAACGCACCUGUCAGCUUUGCAAUUCGAUCCAGCGUCCUCAAGGAGUUGAUUGAAGAUUUGGAAUGGCCUGGUGCGAGUGUACGAAUUUCCAUCAGCCCUCAGCCAGCAGGAGUGACGUUUUUGGCACAAGGCCAUGGUGACUUACAGGUUGAUCUCCUUGUUGGGCGGUGCAACAACCUUUUGUUGACUUCAAAUGUCAAAGGCCGGUUUCAUUCUUGUAUCGCUACAAGCAUCUCAUUAUUUGUUGCAUCCUCCAUGGCGACUGCGACUGCUCGCUCGUUGGUCUGCGCGCAUUUCACCGCCGCGCAACUCUCCUCCGCAGAGGGAGAGUCUUCCUCUCUAAAGGCUUUCGCCAAGUCCGUGAAGUCGAACGGUCUCUCCGCGGUCCCUAACAGCCGCAAGUCCGUCGCUAACCGUCGCAGGACCUGUGCGAAUGGGAGCAGCAGUCGCAGAAGACAGCCAGUGAUGGCGGCGGCGGGCGACGGUGCGACGAAGAAGUGUCGCAUCACACUGCUGCCGGGCGACGGCAUCGGCCCUGAGAUCAUGGCGGUGGCUGUGAAGCUGCUCAAGGCUCUCGGCGAACUGGAAGGCAUCACCUUUGAGUUUCAGGAGGCGCUGGUCGGAGGUGCGGCGAUCGACGAAUUCGGCGUGCCUCUGCCCGAGUCAACCCUCGCCACGUGCCGUGACAGCGACGCCGUACUCCUCGCUGCCAUUGGAGGGUACAAGUGGGACACCCUGCCCGCAGAUCUCCGCCCUGAGCGCGGGCUGCUGGGACUGCGCGCGGGGCUCGGCGCUUUCGCCAAUCUGCGCCCCGCCACCGUCUUCCCCCAGCUGAUCGAGGCAUCGUCGUUGAAGCGCGAGGUGGUGGAGGGGGUUGACAUCAUGGUCGUGCGUGAACUGACGGGCGGAAUCUACUUCGGAGAGCCCAAGGGAUUCGGACACGAUGCAGAGGGCAACAGGACAGGCUUCAACACCAUGAUCUACUCUGUCCCUGAGAUCGACCGCAUUGCCCGAGUGGGGUUUGAGGCGGCGCGCAAGCGCAGCGGGCGGCUGUGCUCGGUGGAGAAGUCGAACGUGCUGGAGGUGUCGCAGCUGUGGCGCGAGCGCGUCACCGCCAUCGGAGCAGAGGAGUACCCGGAUGUGGAGCUGUCGCACAUGUAUGUGGACAACGCCGCCAUGCAGCUGAUUCGCAACCCGCGCCAGUUUGACACCAUCGUCACGGGCAACAUCUUUGGGGAUAUUUUGUCGGAUGAGGCGUCCAUGCUCACUGGCUCCAUUGGCAUGCUGCCCUCCGCCAGCAUUGGCUCUGAGGGCCCAGGCAUCUAUGAGCCGGUGCAUGGGUCAGCGCCGGACAUUGCAGGGCAGGACAAGGCGAACCCGAUGGCACAGGUGCUCUCAGCCGCCAUGAUGCUGCGCUACGGGCUCAACCUGCCACGUGGCGCUGACCUAUUGGAGGCUGCUGUCAUGAGUGCCCUGGAGGCCGGGUACAGGACUGGCGACAUCGCGUCUCCUGGCACUGAGGUGGUGGGGUGCAGUAAGAUGAGUGAAGUGCUGCUGGAGAAGUUGUAUGAGGCACAUGCCAAGCUCAGCUAG